AUGGAAGAGACCUCAAAUCUCGACUGCAGGCCCUCAACUUUGUCUGUCUCCGCCUUGGAUGCUAUUAUUGAAUGGCAGGGAGUGACCGGUCAAAAUGCCAAAGAACAAAGGCAAUCCCGCACAAAGGCACAGUUGGAGGCCGUGAAGAAGCGCAAGGACGAAAAGCAAGCCCACGCAAAGGCACAGCAAGAGGCCGUGAGGAAGCUCAAGGAUGAAAAGAGAGCCAGCGGUUUUCUAGACCUGCAAGAUUGCAAUCAAUAUGGAAGUCUCUGUGCUUUUCAACGGCGCAUGGUCCGGGGCUGGGCGCUACAGGUCUUUGUGACCCAUGCCCCAGCGUAUGAGCUAAGACAUGGGGUGCUGAAGGGCAUGGUGGCUAGCGAUUAUGACGAACUACAUGCUUUGGGCCAAGAAGCAUAA